AUGACGUACACGUCCAUCAAGGUUCAAGGGCCACCAGAGGUAUCGAAAUCAGACCACGAGACUCACCUCCAAGCCCAACUACAAUCUAUCCCAAAAACCACAAAAGAGCUCCUCAUCACAGUGCAUACCCCAUCGGACCCCGAGUGGGCUAUACUCGGAGCCCACUUCUCCUCCGUAAGGAUCCUAAGGCUGGAGAGCCAUAACCGUGAAUACAAGCUGAACAACAAGCUUAUUCCACUCCACUGGCCUCUACAGCAACUCACGCUAUACUCGACAUUCGGACAGCUAACCCAGACUCCCUUCGUACGCAAGGGGCUAGUCGGGCACCUAAUCCUGUUCUACGACUAUUAUCUACGCUUCAAGGGUCUCCCGAACGAUAAACUGUCUGAGGAGGAACAGUACACCCUUAGGAAGGGGCCAAAGUUCCCAUCUGCCAAAUUCAAUAAACCAAACGACAAGAAGCUUGUCGAUUUCACAAGCUUUGUGGCAGACCACAUGCACAGAUUUCUCGGUGAGACCUUGAAUAUUGAACCGGAGAAUGAGCCACCUGCAGGCCCAAUCAAUCUGCACACACUCGAAAUCUGGGAAUAUGAUUCUGUCGAUGUAUUCUGCCGUAUGGCGAUGGCGCUACCUCACCUCGUGGAAAACUUGCAGACACUGCUCCUCCGAUACACUGGCAUGGGCAAAAGCGAACCACUCACAAUGGGCUGUUUUCGGGCAUUCUUGCCUGCUUUGACUAAUUUGAAGACGUUAGACCUCAAAUUUGCGGAUUUCGGGGAUAUGUCCACCGUGGAGAUAAUGUACAAGUUUUUUCCGCCUGAUUUGACAACCCUUUUCUUCCGCGGUCCCGCUUUGCUAAUAGAAUCUGAGCAUUGGGCGGAUUGGCUGCGGGCUUUUGAGUCUCCAGACCUUCUGCCGCAGCUGCAGCGUUUGACCUUUGUAUUGGAUAUACACUACGAGUAUUGGUGUCGGGAGGUGGAUAUCGCAGCCCCGGAAGAGAUACUAGGACGGGCACGGGAGGCAUGUGAACCCCCCUAUGAGAUUGCUCGGAAACGUGGAAUUACUAUAGAGUCUAUUCCGAUAGAUGAUGAUGGGCAAGCGGGGCCCAUGGAUGACCGCUGGUAG